CGCGGCUCGGGGCCCGCCACUCGCCUCCGCCGCUCGCCCCGAUGGCCCGCCGCCCGCCGCGCCCGCUCGCCCUCCUGCUCCUGGCCGCGCUCGCCAGCGCCCUCCUCGCCCAAGGGCGUGCAAACUCCACCCAAGACUGCUGCAUCAGCGUGUCUCCUUCAUCCCCGAUUUUCCCUCCGAAUUUGCAGAAACGACUGGUUUCUUACCGCAUCCAGGGGCCGGAGAUGGGAUGCCACCUGGAGGCUAUUGUGUUCAUCACCCAGAGGGGACGCCAGCUGUGUGUGUCUCCAGAUGCUGAUUGGGCACCAAAACUCAUGAAGCGUAUAGAUAAGAAGAACCGGAAGGCAGCAACGAACGGCCGGGGCAUCUAAGGUUUGCUGAUGUCUCAUCGCAGCUACUGAGACUGACAGACCGGACUCCCAACGAAAUCCCACCACUGUGAAUGUGAUGAACGACGACGCCCUCCUCAUGUAUCGCCUUCUCUGCUUUCGCCGGCCUGUGAGGGGAAGAGACCUCUUUCAUUCCUUCCCCGGGUUCCCCUUGCAUAUGUUGUCCCACCCGGCACUUAAGCCUUCUUUCGGUGACUUGGACUUGAAGUGUCAUGUGCUCAUCCUCCUGGGUCUCAGUGCCUGACAUGUCCUUCGAGAUGGCAGCUUUCCUAUGGUUCAUAGGCAAUGGGAGUGUUUGUUACUUUUUUUAAAUAAAAGCUGUGGGAAACUCUAAUGUGAAUGUAUAAAAUCUGACACGUCGUUUGUCAUUUUCACUGAGCUGGAGGCCCCCAGCUACAAUCUCCACUUAACCCUCAAAACACUGUCAUGGGAAGAGACGCGGGCUUCAGCCCACACUUGAGAAGCAGCCCUGGGCAUGAGGCUUCCCAGCUUUCCUUUGGGGGGUUGGCCUCUCUCAACAUGAGCAAUUCUAGCUGCAGGAAUUGGGCAAGUGGUACAGUCCAUGAUAAACCACGCUGCUUGGGUCUGCUGUGAAAAUGCUUGCUGUUUUAUACUGAAGUCUUUAAUAAAAGCACUUAUUUCAUACAA